AUGGUAUCAACACUGUUAGCUGUCCUGGCUCUAGCGGGCCUUGGAGCCGCUAGCUCGCAGGAAUCCUGCAAAUGCACACCAGGAGACCCGUGCUGGCCAUCUACAAGUGCCUGGGAUGCCUUGAACAACACAGUCUCAGGGAAACUCAUUCGCAACCUCCCAGUCGCUAUCUCGUGUUAUCUCGGCCCUUAUCACAACAAGGAUGAAUGCGCCAAUGUCUACACCCAAUGGUAUAAUUCCACAUUCCAGGAACUGUCCCCGGUUGGGUACUGCUAUCCGACCGAUGAGCCUUGCCCACCGGUUGAUCUGAGCAGGGAGACCCCUGGGAAGUGCACCCUGGGCCCCGCUCCGGUGUAUACCAUCAACGCGACAGAGUCAGCGGAGCUCGCAGUGGGUAUGGCCUUUGCACAGAAGCAUAAUAUUCGGUUGGUUGUAAGGAAUACGGGGCAUGAUAUUCUGGGAAAAUCUGAAGGAUAUGGUGCGCUUCAAAUAUGGAUCAAGUACAUCCGAAAGGGUAUCAUGAUCCAAGACGAAUAUAAUCCUUCCGACGAAUGCUGUGACAGUGACUGGACUGGCGCGGCGCUUACAAUCGGCGGUGGCUAUGUCUGGGAGGAUGUGUACGAUUUUGCCUUCAAGCGUAAAAUUACGAUUGUUGGAGGAGGUGAUCCGACUGUGGGCUGCAUCGGUGGCUACACACAAGGUGGUGGCCACUCGCCCGCAAGCCAUAACUACGGCCUUGCCGCUGACCAAGUGCUCGAAGCCCAAGUUGUGCUCGCGGAUGGCUCCAUUGUCACGGCCAGCCCUUGCCAGAAUCUGGAUCUUUACUUUGCAAUCCGCGGUGGUGGAGGUGGGAGUUACGGUGUUGCGAUUUCCAUGACUGUCAAAGCAUACCCUUCGAAGCCGGUCGUGGCUCAAUCACUCACCAUCAUGCCACUCGGGAACGAUACAAAGACACUGCUUGAUGUCAUCACUCAGUUGUGGACAGACUACCCCCGCCUUAUGGAUGCUGGUUUCUCGGGUUAUGGCACCUGGUCCAUCGAUAGUCCCAAGUCACUCUUCGCAAACCAAACAGUCGGCUAUAUCCAUGCUAUUGCAGCCAUGAGCAUGUCACUCAGUGAUGCCAAGGACACAUUCACUCCUCUCCUCCAGAGACUGGAGAGGUACAACGGAACCUCGCUCUGUGUUUCUGUCUCUUGGUUUCAGUUCCCCACAUAUGCAGCUUACUACCGUGCCAUGUCUGGCGUCCACCAGCCCGUCGGGUCGCCAAACUCCGCAUUGACAUCGCGUAUGUUCAGCAAGGCCGCUCUUACAGAGAACAAGUCCGGCCUCCGGAAAAUGAUUGGCAUUAUCGCAGGAAAGCCAGAAGAAAAAACCAUCAAUAGCGUGGAACUCGUUGGCGGUGGCGAAGUCAUUGCCAAGAAAAACAAUAAAUACUCAGGCCUCAACCCCGCCUGGAGGUCGACCUAUAUUGUCAACGUGGUUGCCCGAGCCUGGGCUGAUGGAACCGACGCGUGCGCUGCUCAAAAGAUAAAGGACGACAUCACUUACCACAAGGGCGGCGCAAUGAGAUUCCUCACGCCAUCCGGGGGAAGCUAUAUGAAUGAGAAGGCUGAUCGGAACGACCCGUAUUGGGCCGCUGACUUCUAUGGUUCCAACUACCAUCGCCUUGCCCAGAUCAAGAAAACAUAUGAUCCGAAUGAUCUCUUCUGGUGCCCCACUUGCGUUGGCAGCCCGUCAUGGUAUCAAUGGCCAUUGGAUGGCAAGAACUACGGCCCUCUCUGUCGGACUGGACAGUGA